AUGAUGGAUGAAAAACUACCUAAAAGUUUGAAACCACUGCCCAGCAGUCCUAAUGAAGCUCAAACCGGUCCAACUGAUAAAAAUGCUGAAGAUGAAGUUGCUAAAGAAGAUCCCAGUCCUUCCUUCUUUGAGGAUUGGCUACCACCGGAAUUAUUGGUUAGGGAAUUUACGGCAUUGCCGACGUACAUAGACAAAAAAGGCAUAAUUUACUUAUAUGACAGUCAUAUAAAACACACACGGGAACUUAUACGCAAAGAAUUAAUUGCAAUCUCUUGUGUGAAUUAUAAAGAUCCAGACCCAGAGGCAAUGUUUAGAAAAUGGAGUGUGGGGCAACCAUGCGUAGUACUAGAAUCAACGUAUGAGCCCUUUAGAGGACGAGUGCUUGAAAGCAAUCAAAAAAGAGAUCUUUUCAUAGUGAAUAUCAUAGGUUAUGAAGGCACGGUGGCAUUAGCAGAGAUAAGGUAUACAAGUGGAGUUCAUCCAGAAGAACUGAUGAAUACAGUCUCCUCUACAAAAAUGGAAAUAGCAGAAGAAGGAAACAUGGAUGAAAAUUCAUUAGUUAAAAGUAUGGAAUCGCUGCUCUGCAACCCUAAUGAACCUCAAGCCGUUCCAGCUGAUAAAAAUACCGAAUAUGAAGUUGCUAAAGAAGAUCCCAGUCUUUCCUUCUUUGAGGACUGGCUACCUCCAGAAUUACAAGUUAGGGAAUUUACGGCAUUGCCAACGCACAUAGACAAUAAGGGCAUAAUUUAUUUAUAUGACGUUCACCUCAAACAUUGUCUUGCUAAGUCUUGUGUGAGUUUUAAAGACCCUGACCCAGAAGCAAUGUUUAGAAAAUGGAGUGUUGGGCAACAAUGCGUAGUACUACAUUCUACAAAUCAGCCCUAUAGAGGACGAGUGCUUGAAGUCAAUCAAGAAAGUAAAACAUGCGUCGUUCAUAACAUAGACCAUGGGUAUGUUGAAACGUGCUCCUUUGGAAAGUUAAGAGAAGCUGUUCCUCUCAGUCACAUCCCACCGCAUUCACUUAGAUGCUCGUUAAAUCGUAUACGUCCCAAAGGUACGACAUGGGACGAGGAAACAUUAAACUACCUUCGCAAAUCCAUUGUUGAAAAAGAAUGCUUUGUAAAAGUGGUCGGUGAUGAAGUAGACGGCGUCGUACCAAUAGAGCUACGGUAUGAGACCCUCUGGGUCAAUGAUUACUUAGUCAAUGUUCAAAGGGCUGAAUACCAAGAUAGUUGGAUUAUUAAAAAGAACAAAGAAUUGAUAAUCCAAGCAGGUUCAAGCUCAAAGGAAAAUGAAGACUCUGCAAUAACUGCCAAGUUUCCUACAUACCCAAAAUAUUAUGGAAAUAAAUUUAUUUGCGAUAUCGUUGAAAUUCACGAUGUUAAUACAUUACCUGUUCAUCUUAUGUUCGAUGAUGAAAGUGUUUACACGAUUUAUGAAGAUAUGUCCAUGAAGCUCCAGUGUGAAUACGUGAACAUGUCACCACUGGACGGAAUAUUUGAGAAUAAACCAUGUAUUGCACUAUGCUCAGCAGACAAUCACUGGUACCGAGCAUCAAUUCAACAAUAUAACAAAACACAAGGUCUCGUUAAAAUAAGGUAUGUUGAUCAUGGUCACACGGACGUCAUACCAGUAGCAGAUAUUCGAGAGAUAAGUCAAAAGUGGCUAAAGCAUCCUCCUGCCACUUUAUCUGUUAAAUUGUUUGGCUUGCACUUGAACCGUGACAAAGAAAUCAGUGAAGUAGUCAAACAUUUCUCCGAAGUUUUUAUAGAAAGAUUCUUUUUAAGAGAACUUUUUAUAGUGAAUAUCAUAGGUUAUGA